UUUGCUUACACAAUGGGAUUCUUUUGAAAUUCCUUUAGAGCAUUUUACCGAGGAAGAGUGAACCUCUUUUUAAAUUUAUUUUAAUCUAUAUUAUCAAAUUCUUAAAAAAUGGAAUUCGUAUAAAAAAUGUAUUUUAUGUUUUGAAAGUAGGUAACUGGAAUACAGGAAUAAUGCCUUUUAUUUUUGUUUCAGAAUGUGAUUUCACACAUCAAGCCAUCAAUGACGGUAACAUACACUUGACCACAACGCGGACAAUGCGGUCACAAACUACAAAACCUUUACCUAAGAAAGGGGCUCUGAAUAAAACUUUAAAAGCCAGUACAAGUUCAAAACCGACUAAGAAAAAAUCUGUGACGCCAAAAAAAGUAAAGCGUCUCGUAAAUAAAUCACUCAUCAAGAGCCCCAAAAGAAAUGCUGCUAAAGAGGACAUCACAAAUAACAAAACCGAUGGAGAACCUGGUUCUAAUGACAAAAAUGAGCCAUCGCCUGAAACAUCUAAAGUCAGUCCUUCAAAAGCAAAUCCAUCUCGAAGUGAAUCGCCCACAAAAAAACCGCAAAAAGGCCCCAAAGAAAAGAAGGAUCCUAUAAAAUCUGCAUCAGAUGUAAACACUAAAAAGAACAUUUCUAAAAAAUCUGUUAAAGUGGGAAAGAAAGCCAAAACUACUAAAGCCAAUACUAAAAAAGAUGAUCAAGAUGCUGAUAAUGUUAAGUAUAAAAUUAAUUUAGACGUGACUAAGAAAACUCCAUCGAAAUUUUCUAAAGCAAAAACAAUGAACAAAAAGAGUAACGUCACAAAUCAAAAGAAAAAAUCUACUGUCACCAAAUCAGAUGUUAAAGAAAAAGUAUGUCAAGAAGAACCUAGCAAAAUUGAUAAAGAUAACGACAUCAAAAAUGAGGACGAUAACAAAAAACCUCUUGAUAAUAAACAUGACACCCAGUUAGAUACCAAGACUAAAAUUGAAAACAAAAUUGCGGUGAAAUCUGAAACAAACCAUGACUUGUCAAGCAAUACAAAUAAUAUCGCUUCUUCACACGUUUUGGUUAAUAAUUCUCCUGAAACUCCAAAAGUUGAAACAGAAAGACCUCCAAAGUUUUUUACCUCCAGUAGAACACCAAGAACAGUGGAUAUAGAUGUCAAAUGUUGCAAAAAUUCUAAAGGAAACUUAAGCGUAUCUGAAAGAUUUUUAUCAAUGAAAUUUGAAACGAAAUCAGAUGACAAUAACAAAGAGAAGACUGUUUCAAACACACUUGUCUCCCAAGGGCCGGAGAUUGACGUUUAUACUUUCACAGAAAAAGUCGAUUCCCCUAAAAGCAUUCUAUCGGAUUUUCGAAGUCCUAUAAAUAAAAACGUCGGUAGAGUAAGACCUAUAGCUAGAGUGAAAGGAACUAUUAUAGAUAAAAAGUCUGAAUCAGAGAAGAAAAAAUAUUCACCUCAUAGACCAAUAGAAGAAGUUGUAAAACAACUCAAAGCAAGCAAAAGGUCUGAAGACUUAAGUCUUGCUACGGCUGAAGUAACUUUAACAAAUGCAAAUGCUGAAUCAACUAAUAGUGAAGAAAAAGAAACAGAUGAUAAACCUAAACCUAUUAUCAGUAAAUCCUACAAAAUGGUAGCGAGAAAAUCAAGCGUAACAGGAAAACCAUUUAGUCCUAUUAAAUUUCUUGAUCAAGACUUAAGUCCCACUAAAAAUGAAAAAUCUACUUCUUCUACUUCUCCUGUUUCUCCUGUUACAAUAAAAAAGUCACCAGCCAAAUCUAAGAAAAAACAAAAGAAAGCUAGUAUGUCUGACGAAGACAUUGAUACAUCCAAAUUUUCUCUUAAUAAAAAUAAUUUCCAUUAUACAUCAUCUGAAGAAAGUUUGAAUGAUUCUAAUGAUGACAAUGACGUAAAAGAGUCAUCCGGAUCGGAAUCCUCUAAAAGCAAAAAAAUCAAAAAUAAAAAGUAUAAAAGAAUUACUGACGGUGCUAAAAAAACAACCUCCUCAAAAGAAUUAAAGGAGUUAUCAAAAGAUUCCCUCAUUGAUCUCAAAGAUAAUUCACUGUUACUAGGAGAAAAACCUAGCAAAAGGCGUCUCAAGCUAUUGUCGAUGUGGACAGGACCCAAAAAGCAUAGGAUGGCAUCCUUAAAUGCUAUGGCAAAAGUUCAUUGCCUUUAUGAAAAUGAAAGUCGAACGCACAUGGAACUCGGCUUGAUGAAAACUAUUGAUAGACAAAUCAUUCCAAGCACAUCAAAAAUAAUACCCUCAAAGAAAAAUGAAUCGAAGACGAAAGACACAGAAAAAUCUUCAAGUACAUCUGAAUCAGAGUACGAAAAUAAAACAGAUAAAAAAGAUGAAAGUUCAGAAAGUUCCGAUGAUAAUCCCCCUCUCCGAUCCUUACGCGGUGUACCAGGAAUCAGAAGUGCCGGUAAAUAUUGGGAUCCAAAAUCGUCUACCUCAUCUAGUGAGGACAGUGAAUUAGAAACCAAAAAGAAAACUGUAAAUACAGAAAAAAAGAAAAUGAAUGCUAAAACAUCUACUACAAAGUCGGACACAGAGAAACCACCACCAAAAAUGAAAAAAACGGCAGGUGUUCCAGUUAAAAAGAAAAGAAAUCGUAAUGAGGUAGUGAUGGAUCUUAAGGACAUGGUUGUUCAGAAACGUAUGGCUAGUUUGAAUGCGACAGCCAUUCUUGCUGCAAGUUACGAGAAACGUUCGCCUAAGUCUAAUAAAGACGAUACUACUUCUGAUUCAUGUAGUGAUGAAUCUUUUUCACAGAAACCAAAAAACGGGGCAAAUUCCGGCGUAAAGUCGGAAACAAAAAAAGAAGAUACUAAAAAUGAAAAUGAUGAAACCGCUUUAUCUGACAGAAAACAGAAAGUGGAAGUUAUUGUAAAUCAAGACACUGAUGUGACAAUAACUGGGGUAUAUUCAACUCACCAUGAAGGUUUCUGUACCGCUAUGCAAUACCGAAUCUCGUCAACAAGUCAUACGCAAACAACAGCGACGUCAAACUGUGAAAAGGAGGGCUGUUCUCGCGAAGAUGGUGCUCGCUACACACCUCUUUCAGCACUAUCGUCAAUGCAGCCUCCGGCCGAACACGUCCAUGGCCACCCGCAUCCAGUGCCUGAAUUGGGAGGUCUUGCCCGUCGUGCCGCUGGAUGCUCCAGUGCGUUCUCAGCGCCAUCUCCUGCUGCACAUCAUGAACCAGGCUACUACCAGCCAGCGGGGCCACUUAUCAAGGAGACCGGAGCGGACGCCGAACGAGCCCUGGCCCGAUACCACCCGCAGCCACAUUAUCAUGCGCCUCACCCAUCAGUGUUGCAGCAGUACGGCGCGCCAUACUACCCCCCAGAUUUGUGCUAUGGACGGUAUUACAGGCCUUCAGGUGCCUACCACAUGCCCCCACCACAACCUGAUGCACCGAUGGUGGGAGUGGGGAGUGAGCCUUACCCACCGCCUCAGUAUUACGGCACACCGCCGUGUUACCAACACUCUCCACAGAGAAUACCAUACGUAGAAUAUAGAUGCCCUUGCCCACUCAACGCGUGUCCAAAAAACGUCCUUAUUGGGCCCGCUACUGGUAAAACCCCGACCGGUGGCGGCCCAGCCGACGUCCCUUCGGCCCUCGCGCCGCCCGGGGGUGCCUUCCGAGCGAAGGUGCGGGCGUGCGCCCUCGACGCUGUCGCAGAUACACAUGGCAGCGGAAAGGACCCUCCACUGGAAUCCGAACCACCGGCCGCUUCGGACGCACCACACCCGUGUCCGCUACCAGCAAUAGGAGGAGCAUCACCAAAACGCGAGCUUUACGACGUUCGCGAGAACCUGAGGCUAUCGGGGGAUAUUCCAGGCCCCGCCGAGGCUAUAGGUCCGCCCUCUCCCGCCAGGGGAUCAGCUGGCGCGUGCGCCCCGCAACCACCACCUGCCGCGCCACGUCGCGCCCGCCUCGGGAAAGCUAUGGUCAGAAGAUCACUUGCCGGAGACGAUACUGGAUUACUUCUAACGGUCCCUCAACCCACCCUGACUCAACACAACGACGCGGACGACGAUGUACUCGCUAUCUCACCCCCAGUCUGCGCACCAAUAGACCUAUCAUCUUCCGACGAAAGGUCGACCCCACUAGUUGAUGUGAAAAAAGAAAAUGAAGGACCCACUAAUGCAUUAUCCAGAAAAACUGAUGCUCAGGCUUUAAGAGAACAUAAUUGUACGACGGUUUCAGAACAGACGGAUGUGAUAGAUACGACGAAAGCUGUGAAAAGGAGAUAUUCGAAACCAAAAUUAGAAAUCGACAUGAAGGAUACACAAUUAGAAGACAGCUGUAAAACUAACGGUAUUGGUGAACAUGUAAAAUUACAGAAACGAAGAAAAGUAUCAGGUGACCAAACCGAUGUUCGAUUGGAAACUGUCACAAAGGAACCGAAGAAAAGAGCGUCGCCAGCUAAAAGGACACCCAAAUCGAACUCUAUCGAAAAGAAAACUGCUAAGAGAAAAUUAGAAAGCAAUUCUAGUGGACCCAAAGCGAAGAAACCACUCGUAGAAACCAUUGCAACUGAAGAUCCCAGACUGAAAAAUGUAGCAGCGGUGUCCGAAGAGUCGCUUACGACAAAACCUAAAACGAAGAGUGCACUGCUGCUUGACAAUUUGAUAAGAAAAAAUAGCAUCGACAGGGUUGACUCCAAAGGUUAUGCUACCGACACAAAAUUAAAUCCAGCCGAACUUUUCCUUAGUCCCGACGAAAAUGUUUCCCAAAGCUGCUCAAAGAAAACUUUAAAUAUCAACAACAACGUAGUGGAUAACGGAAGUGCACCUACGCCACAUAAUGGCGUACAACCAAACACGAUCGCUGCGGUCAGCCAGCUAAUAGGAAAGAAACUUGCUUCCAAAAACGCAUGUAAAGUCGAAAAAGUGGACUCAAAAAUAACGCACAACAUUAAAUCAGUAUUAAAAUCUACGACACCGAAACUCGAAGAGGAUCAUAAAAGCUCAGAGAGCGAAACGAAGAUCGAGAAAGCGGGAGUCACGUCCGUCGCCAAAAUAGAAACAAACACUGUGAACGAGAUAAAAGAACCAAUCAAGAACAAGUGCGAAAAUAUAGUAGAAAAAGAAAAGCCGAAAGCACAACCACGACCGUUACCGGAGAACAAAACUGAAGUGACGGAAUCUCAGAAAGUGGAGAACAAGGAGGUCGAAAGCAAACCGAGCGACACGAAAGCGAAGCGGUCGAAGCUCGUGAACGGCGACAUGAAAGGAAAGAGCGUAGAGAAGGUGGUGAAAUUGUUAGUAUCGAAAAGGCCUGCAAUAAAAGCGGAUGAAGCGACGACUGUAGUCGAAGAGGCUUGCGCGGGAGUAGGGUCGGGGGGUGCGAGGAGGACUCGGAGGCGACGGAGUGGGGGACACUUGAGGCGGCACAGGAGACCACCCGCACCGCUAGCGCCGCCAGACCACGAACCGAGGGCGCCUCCACGCUGGAGCAACGGAUGGAACUUUGACGGAGAACACUAUUUGUCCAAGGUCUAUCUCAGUGUAAGUAACCAUUCUAUUUUUUAUAUCAUAUCUUAUUUGCCAAAAUAUAAUCAUCCUACAUAUUUUUUAAAGUAAGAGCUUCAUGAGAUAGCAGGGCUACGCCUCUUCAAAAAUACUAUUUGUUUGCGCAUAAAGAAAAUAAGAAAUAAAGGGUGAUAAGAGAAAGGGAGAGAAGACUGCUAGUCAGCUGAUAAAAUUGAGCGGCAAAAAUUAUUGCUAAUAUUGU